AUGAGAUAUGACAAAAGUGGAGAGAACCGAUUCAACUACAGGAGACAGCAGCACUAUAGACACCUCUCGAUUGUGCAGGACACUUACUUUGAGGAAUGUGGCAAAAGCAAAGAUCUCUCUUCUUCAGCAACCACUACAUAUAGUCUCCAACAGACAGCUGAGGCAUCACAUGGAACCCUCCCACCUUCUGAAUCCUCCUCUUCCCCUCAUACACCCGAGCCACCACACAGUGGUCCUUCUGUUGUUGUUCCCCCACUGACACUCAGAUCAUCCCCUCAUACACCUGAGACACCACACACAGGUCCUUCAGUUUUUGUUGCCCCACCGGCACAGAGACCAGAUCAGGAUAUAAGCACUUGGACCUGUUCUUAUCAUCAGAAAGUGUGGAUGAAGACAGAGCUCCAAUCUCUGGGACUGUGGCCUGGGUCCCACCAUAUGCUCAAGCCAGGAAAUGCCCUUUCAUUAUGGCGUCUCCCUCCACAGCCAGAACUCAUUGACACUGUGUUAGCACUCCCAUCCCGCAAUUUCUUUCAGCUCCAUCCAUUUUUUAUUUGGAAACCAGAAAGUGACGUCAUGGUGAGACUAAGAAAUAAUUAUAUACUCCCAUGUCUUCAUGGUUGUCCAAAGCCAGAUAUAGUCUCAGCUGGUGUGGGUAGGCCUCGAGUGAUUGUUGGCACCAGUGGACAGUAUUACAUCUUUGCUUCACGCCUUCGCUGCAGGAUGUGCAAGAGGAUCUGGUUUGCUGACAGUCCUCAGUGGACGGGGAAACUGCCAAAGCGGUUCACAAGCAUUCUGCCAGCAUUCCUAACUUACAAGAAGGCCAUUUGCAAGUCUGUGCUUCAUGAGCUGAGGCGUACUGGCAAGUCACCUUCAGACAUGGCAAACCAGGUGAAUGAGCUGAUGCACCUUAAAUAUGAACAAGCUCACCUGGCAUACCUUCACAGCAUACAGAACAUCUGGGAUGCUGAGGCUGGGGUUUAUGGGCAGAUGACUCUUGGUCACCUUGUGAGGAAGGAUGACAUGCCACAGUCUUUUGGAGCCUAUGAGGAUGCAGAUGGGUGGUGUGGCGUCUCUGUCUCUGCUCACUACCUGACUGACUGCCUCAUUGAUGAGUACCGGCGCCAAGAGCCAGCUAUCACUAAACUCCUGCAGGGCACUUUUGGACAGGUCUUGCGGUCUGACCACACCAGGAAGGUGGCACGAAAAGUGACCUUGUCAUCUGGCACCAUGUCAAGUUAUGAAGUUAUGAACGAAAAUUGGAUGAUUGUUUCCUGGGUAAUGGUGCAGUCUGAGAGAGAGAAGUCCCUUGAAACAACAGAGAAGGGAGUGGAAGGCAGAAACGCCGUGGAUUUUUUAAAGGAAUGGCUGCCUAAGAUUCUGGGACAGGAGGACAAGAUCUACGAAAUUGAAAGAGCUCAUCGCACUUUGCAAAGACGACCAGCGGAAAACGUCAAACCACGGGCCAUUCUGAUUCGUCUACUUCGAUAUGGAGACACACUUAAGAUUCUUAAUGUGGCCAGAGAAAGGGGCAAGCUCACCUAUGGCAAUUCUACUAUCAUGAUAUUGCGUGACAUGUCAUCGACCUUGUUUAGAAAGCGACAAGAAUUCAGCGCACUCAAAAGACAGCUACGCAAUAACGACGUGUCUUAUGCAAUGCUUCAUCCUGCAACGCUGAGGAUUCAGCUACCGGAGGGAUAA